GUCUGUAUGUACUCACACGUCGGCCCUCACUCACAACUCCCCACCAAAGCUAACUCAGCACUCAGCACUCCGCGGCUGUCACCGAAUGCACUCUCACCGAAGAGCUACGUCCUGCACAAAUACACAUACACAGCACGCGGAUGACAUCAGCGAAUAGAUACCCCGCGUGUAUCCAUACCACCACUCGGCGAGUUGGAGUGAUUCGAAUCUUGCCGGGAAGCCCGAGACUGUGCCGACCUGACCCAGCUGAAACGCCACGUGUGCCCCAGCUAGAUGGUCGAUCGUCAGGCCGUGUUCCGCCGCCUCCUCCCGCCUGGCCUUCUCGAUGACGUCUCGCAGACCCACACGCUGGCCUCCCACGCCACCGAUGACGAAGCACUUGCACUGGUCGAGCUGCUGCUGGAGACUCCACCCGUUCUGCGCAUUGCCGCCACUCCCCUGCCCGCCAGUCUGCUGCACCACUGCUCGAUUCGUCGCCACGAAACGAACGAAUUUGUCGAUUGCCUUCUGCACACGACGGCCGAACAGUGUCCGUGUUGUGAAUGGGAGAUGGGCGGGGGGGAUGUCGACCAGAAAGUGGCCGAUGAGUGAUUCCACGCUGAUCAAGAUGUCGAGGGUGCUUGCGGGCUGGUUGGUGGCCUGGGUGUUGGUCUGGGUGUUGGUCCGUAUGGCCAUGUGGAAGGCAGCCACGGAGCCGAGCGAUGCCUCAAUCAGGCUCUCAGCACGGGUGAGCACCUGAUGGCACAGACACGAGAUAAUCAUGGCCGGACAUGCAGGUAGGAGUGAGAUGCAUGGGUGUCUCCUCAGGGCUACGCCUGUCUAUAUUUUGUAUUAGGUCCACUCCUUCCUUAACUUACGCGCACCCCUCUCGCCGAGGUGUCGGCGAGAAUGGGCGGGUUUGUAAGUAUGAUGGGCCACCGGAAAAUGACUGAGGAGACACGAUGACGCUCACUGCCUUGCUUCCCGCUUCUUUUAUGCAGGCAAUCGCUGACUACAUUUUAUAUCAGUAGAGAUGUACUUCCGGGGUACGCGCUACCAUGUCUGCCAAGCGGUAAACGCAGGCCACGAAUGCCCUGAUCUGGGAUG